ACCUCUGUCGGGUGAUGCAGACAGCGGAACAAAAGCCCCGUACCCAGCUGACUAAAUCUGAGACGGGAUGAACUAUGAAAAGCUUGUUAAUGGCUCUUUAAUACAAUACGUGUCAUCCUAUACGCGUGCUCGGGGAAACUCAACACAGGGCUAAGUCAACACAUUAGAAGCCACUGACAAAACUGCAAUAAUGCUGGUUGUGAUGGGAUGUUGUUCGUUGUUACAGCUAUUUCUGUUCACACUUCUUGAACCUUGUGAGUGGAAUGGGGAGAUACUGUCAGGAGCAAUCAGAAGUAAUCUGCUACAAAUGGCAAAUAGCAGAAGGUAAUUUAUUACCUCAAUCGAUGGCCAGUCAAGUUGUGUUUGAUUUUGGAAAUUGUUACAAAUAACAGUGAAAAUCACGCAGGAAAUCGUCCCAGACUAGCAGAGAUACAAAGAGAGGAUACAGUUAUUGCUGUAAUUAAGUUUUUUUUGUUUUGUUAUGGCGUGGAGAUGCUCAGUUCACAAGCCGCGGCAGGUCAUCGUUGUUGCUCUGUUGACGUCCAUGUUUUGGUUUGCGCUCAAUACCGUAUUACUUGUUUCAUAUCAGCUAAAUAUUUCUUCACCAUAUCUCAAAAGUUACCUUAUCUCUGAUCAGGGAAAUAAAGAUGAUUGGUUAGAAUUUGAGCAAAAUUCAAAGGAAUUAGCUCGCUCAGGGAAAUUAUUGCCACGUGGAAUUUCUGAGAUUGAGCUCCACGGAGGAGAGAAACUCGACACUAUAAACAACGAGAUAUCACAGAUAAUGAAAGACAAGUCAGAUCACGACACGCAAUUGAUUCAAAAUGGACUAAUUAGAAAUGGUAAAAAGGAAUCAGUGGGAAAACUACGAUUCAGAGGGGAUGCUUUAAACGAAAACAGUAGGAAAAAACCAAAACUUUUAAAGCAAAGACUAAUUUCGUCAGUGAGAUCCAUUGCCGAAGACAACUCAAGGAAAGAUUCCGCCGACACGAAUAUUGGCGUCGCAAGAUUUCCGACACAUGACCCGAAUGGUCCGGGGGAAAACGGGAAAGCUGUGAGGAUACCAGACAAAGAAAAAGACAAUGAGAAGGCUGGUUAUGAUAAGUAUGCUUUUAACGAAUAUGCCAGUUCGAAAAUUUCCCUUGACCGAUCUCUUCAGGACACGAGGAGUCCAGGAUGUGACGGUAAAUCGUACCCUGUGUCGGACCUACCUACUACAAGUGUGGUGAUUUGUUUCCAUAACGAGGCGUGGUCCACCCUGUUACGAACUGUUCACAGUGUGUUAAACCGCUCGCCCUCAGACCUCCUGGACGAGAUUAUACUUGUCGAUGAUUUCAGCACCUUUGAUCAUUUGAAAAAGCCGCUUGAGGAUUACGUGUCAAGGCUCACUAAGGUCCAUAUCGUUAGGACACAAAAGAGAGAGGGGCUUAUACGAGCUCGUUUGCUUGGAGCCAACGCAGCUAAAGGCCAAGUAUUAACAUUUCUUGAUGCUCAUUGUGAAGCAAACGUGAACUGGUUAGAACCCUUACUAGAUAGGAUCCGACAAGACCGUACUAUUGUUCCUGUGCCAGUGAUUGAUAUCAUAAGCUCCACAGACUUCUUAUACUCAGGAACACCACCCGAAGUUAUUGGCGGUUUCAGCUGGGACAUGCAGUUCAACUGGCAUUCAUUACCUUUGAGUGCUCGAGACAAACGCAAGGACUCCAGCGAGCCGAUCAGGACUCCUACAAUGGCAGGCGGGUUGUUUUCCAUUGAUCGCAAGUACUUCUUCGAAUCUGGCUCUUACGACGAAGGGAUGGAAGUUUGGGGAGGAGAAAAUCUGGAGAUGUCCUUUCGGAUUUGGCAAUGUGGAGGAAAAAUUGAGAUCAUCCCAUGUUCUCGUGUUGGUCACGUGUUCCGCUCUCGUUUUCCAUACAAUUUUCCGGGUGGCUAUCAUGAAGUCACAGUAAAUCUUGCACGUGUUGUUCACGUGUGGAUGGAUGAAUACAAAAAGUUUGUGUUUAUGAAGAGACCGGACUUAGAAGGAGUCGAUCAUGGAGACUUAACAAAGCGCUUGGAACUCCGUAAGCGGCUUAAGUGUAAAAGCUUCAAAUGGUACUUGGAGAAUGUCUAUCCUGAACAAACUACUCCGAGUGAGGAAAGUCACGCAUAUGGUGAGGCUCGCAAUCCUCAGACUGGAAUGUGCCUCGAUACAAUGGCCAGGUCUAUUGGCUCUGAACUCGGUGCGUCUCAUUGCCAUGGGAUGGGAGGAAAUCAGCAUUUUGUCUUAACGGACGAUGGGGAGUUGAGAGCUGGAUUGAAAGAUUCAUUUUGUGUUGGAGGAGAGUCUGAAAGUGUCUUUCUUGUUUCCUGUGAAGAAAACAGCCAACAAUGGGAACUAUCAAAGGGCGCUCUUCGUAACACACAACAAGAAAGAUGUUUAGAACUUCAAGGAAAUGGAAAUACAGUGGCGUUGAAGAACUGUAACAUGUUAGCCAAUCAGAAAUGGGAAUUUUCCAAGACCUCCUAGCUCUGUUUUAAACAAAUUGAAAUAUUGCUCUUCAUGAGAAAUUUAUAUAAAAGAUUUAGUGUUUUUUGCUGCCCUUAUGGGCAGGUUUAUUUAUAUUACAGAAAAAGGCUUUAACUAUACUCUCCUCCAUAGCCUUCUGAAUUACCGUUUCGUUUGUAAUUGACGUUAGCCAGUAUAUUUCUCACAUUAAAGUGCUAAGUGAAACCCCAUGAAAAACCCACUGGGUGUUAGACCUAGUAAAGGGUAUCAGGGAACAGCACUAGGCAAAGAAAAAAUUCUUAUGACCUCGGUGGGAAUCGAACCCACGACCUCCGGAUUAGAUCUACCCUUGCUCUGCCGAUUUAAGCACUUCGGAUUAGGCCUCCGGAUUAGAUCUACCGUUGUUCUGCCGAUUUAAGCACUUCGGAUUAGAUCUCCGGAUUAGAUCUACCGUUGCUCUGCCGAUUUAAGCACUUCGGAUUAGGCCUCCGGAUUAGAUCUACCGUUGUUCUGCCGAUCUAGCACUUUAAUUUACGCUUCAGAGUUAGUUCUCUGUUCCACCAUUUGUGUUUACAGUCUUACGCGGCACAACAUUUAUAUGUACCCUUAUUUCUCACAUUACAUGGCUGAGGUCUGUCCAGUCCCUAUUAAAGAAAUGAAUUUGUUUCCUGACUAAAUAGCUGUCGUGAGAAACGAAACUCUAAAAGAGUUCAACAUUCUACGUGUGACGACAGGUUUCAGAUCUAGUCCCCGAUCUCUUGCUUACGACAUCAUGACACACUCACUCAGUUUUGCCUUAAACAAUAGAAACUGAUUUUCAUCUUUCUGAGUUUACUAAAUGUCACGGAGCAUACAGCUUUUCCGAGAAAUUUUUCCUUUAAAAACAAUAAAGAUAGUGAAGCAGUUA